AUCAGAAACUCCCUUUCGGCUUCCCACCCCAACUCUCUCAGUCUUCUUCCCUCUCUCUCUCUCUCUCUCCAGAACUUACCAGGCAUUAGUUCACAUGGCAGUUGGGGCUGAUUGUGAUGAAUCCAGGCAUUUGUGAAGAAUCAGGACACUGACAUUCUGUCUUUAUUCACCCAAAAUAUACCCACUUUGUACUCUCAUCAGAGAGAAGCGGAAGAAAAUGGAGUUGUAUAACAAUGCAAAGGAGUCUUUGGCCUGCAUACCGAAUCCGAAACAAAAGAAAGUUGAAGCGGAGAAGAAUGUGACUGAAACUACCUCUGACUGCAUAUUGAAUCCGAAACAAAAGAUAGUCGAGGUGGAGAAGAAUGCGAAAGAAACUACCGUGGCCUGCAAACAGAAUCCAAAACAAGGCAAGAGACACAAAAUCUAUGUUUUUGGUCUGGAGCACACAGUUGUCGUGAGAGAUAUGAAGGAUAUUCAGGAGAAAUUGAAGAAGAGCACAUAUGAAAGAGUGACUUUCAUUUGUAAAAGAGUAAAGGAGACACUCGGGAGUCCCGAGAAGUAUACUGAAUUCUUGAAGCAAUUUCACAUGUACGCCAGUGGAGUGAUAGACGCAACGGAGUUCUUGAACUUGAUCGAUGACUUAGUUCAAGCAGAUCAAAGUCUUAUGCAUGAUUUUGAUGAGUUUUUGGAGCACUAUGACAAGGUAGAUGCAUUGGUUUCUCUGAAUUUCGGACUAGAGGUAGGACUGUGAGUUGUUGAAUUGUUUCGACCAGGUCCUGUAGGCGUAUCUGUUACUGUAGCAGUCUGUAUAUAACCCUCCCUCGGUGGGCUAGUUUAAAUUUGUUGUCUGUAGGUUUUCUGUUGAAUGUACUUUUAGUUUGGGUUCUG